AUGGCAGAUAACACACCUACCAGUGACCAGAGCAUUCAGGAUAACGAGAAGACCCCGCCUGUAGGCUCAGCGGCGCAAGACGUACCGCAUGUUGUAGAUCGGGGGUUGAGGGCAUGGUCAACUGUGCUAGGCGGCUUUCUAGUCUUCACAUCGACUUUCGGCUACGCGAACGCGUUCGGUGUCUUUCAGGAUUACUAUACACGCGCGGGUACCUCAACCGCGUCUAAUAUAUCCUGGAUAGGCGGCGUUCAACUUUUCCUCCUCAUAGCCGUCGGGUUUGUGUCCGGUAGACUGCUUGAUGCAGGGUACUUCCGCAUCACCACCUUUCUUGGCUCGCUGCUUUACCUAUUCUCGCUCUUCAUGGUUUCCAUAUCGCAUCCAACCAAGUAUUAUCAGCUCUUCCUAUCUCAGGGUGUAGGGAUGGGUCUUGGGGCCGGAUUGAUCUAUGUUCCCGCAGUGGCCGUACAAGCACACCAUUUCCGGGCCAAGAGACCGAUUGCCGUCGGACUGGUUAAUGCUGGCUCCUCCGCGGGAGGUAUCAUCUUCCCGAUCAUGCUCAACCGUCUCAUCAAUGGAAAGCUCGGCUUUGCCUGGGGCGUACGCGCAACCGGAUUUUUGACGCUGGGCAUGCUUUUGGCGGCGAAUAUCUUGAUGAGCUCACACCCCGCCGUCACGUCAAGACCGCGCACGCCAUUGCGCACGUUGUUCGUUGAUGCCCCGUACAUGUUUCUUGUCGUAGGAACACUAUUGAUGUUAUGGGGGCUAUUCUUCCCUUAUUUCUAUCUUCAGCUGUACUCGAUCAAACACGGGAUUAACUCUACAAUCGCCUUCUACACGCUCGCAAUUCUAAACGCCGGGUCUAUCCCUGGAAGGAUUAUACCAAACCUAUACGCACGUCGCAUAGGCAUCUUCAAUAGCAUCAUAUUUUGCUGCCUUUCCUGCGCGGUGCUUCUCUUCGCUCUGUACGGGAUCUCGGCUGCGGCGAGUACGAUCGUGUUCUCCAUUAUCUAUGGAUUCUUUUCCGGCGCAUUCUUGUCGUUGCUGACGCUCAGCAUCGCCACCUUGUCGAGGGACGAGAGCGAGGUCGGCGUGCGUGUGGGGCUUGGAUUCGCCAUCGCAGCUAUAGGAGCUUUAACGGGCAAUCCUAUCGUCGGUGCACUUCUAGGAGACAGCUUCGACUGGGGCAAAACCAUCAUCUUCAGCGCGGUAUCCAUCUUGGGCGGCACCGCGCUCAUACUUAUUGGAAGAUUCUCGCUGGCCAAGAGGAAGGGCUCACAGGUCGUUUGA